CGCUAAGUUGCCCGAGGGAGGCGCAGCGGAAGGUCGAAAGCGGUUAAAAAAAAAGAGCAGCGCGAACCUCGCCCCUCCACCUCUCGCGGGAGCAACACGUGCGUCAAACGCGAGGCCAGUCUGCGCCGGACCGUCCAGCGAAGACCACGGGCCUCGACGGGGAGACGAAAAAUGCCUUGUCAUAGGUCGGUGUCGACCACGCGUUGAGGACGCCCCCGAAGCACGCCCGCGGAGCAGGACAACAGAAGAAACAUCGACUGAGGGGCUGCAAAGGGAUCGCCAUCUUUGGAGGUGUCUCCGUGGGGACACAAUUCUCGAACAUCACUAAAAGCAUCCGGCCAUCAUGAGAUUCCGAACACCCUGGUCAGUGCCGUUGUGCAUCGUGAUUCUGGCAUGUGGCGAUUUUUUAAUUUCCGCGUCACCUCUCACUCAGAUUGCGUCGGAUCUUGAAAAUGUAUAUUUCCCUCAAGAUACAGACCCAGUAAAAGAUGACGCGAACGAUCUUCUGAUACGUUCAUUCCAAACUGAUGCCAGUGAUUGUCCUGGCAACGGAGACAUGACAAUCCCUCAGGAGAGACUCAACGCUAUAUUAUCCGCUUCUAGGAGUAUUUCAUCUUCUCCAUCAGGACAAGACUCCGCCAGCCGUCUCCUCGCAGGGCCCAACGACGAUCGUGUGGAAGUGGGACGACAACUCGAAAGCAUCGUGGUCCAAGCUUUGGCCAAAGUUCCCAUUCAAAGAGCAACCUUAUUUCAUUUCUUGGCAGCAGCGGAUAGAGUGAACGAAAUCAAUUACCUCUUGGAUGCUGGGGCGGAAGUGACAGUGAACGACACUAAAGGCGAUACUCCGUUGCAUUGGGCAGCAAAAACUGAUGCCGUAGGAGCGAUUGUUGCGCUGUUGAAAUACGCAGAUCCUAAUGUCGCUGGCUACUUAGACCGCACACCUCUGCACGUUGCCGCAGAGAACGGAAACACGAAAGCGAUGAACGCACUGCUACAGGCAGGUGCGGAUAUCGACUCCCGCGACGCAAACGGAUCGACUCCUCUCUGCUUCGCCGCCGGCAAAAACAAUCACGAAGCGCUCGACUUUCUGCUCACCAAUGGCGCCAUAGUCUUACACAACGACGCUCUGCACAAAGCAGCCGAUAACAACAAUGUCAAGGCCAUCCAGAUACUGCUGGAAGCGGGGGCAGACAAGAACGCUCAAGACGCUGAGGGCUAUACGCCUGUCCAUUGGGCAACGAAACAAGGGCGUGAAGACGCACUGAAAGCCCUUUUAGAUGCUACUGUCGACUUGACGAUUAGAGACAAAAAAGGCAGAACCGCCCUUAGCUGGGCAUCUGAAUAUAAUAAUGUUAAGGGAGUAGAAAUGCUAAUUCAGUAUGGAGCACCGAUGACAAUAUCGGAUCGUUACGGUUACUCAGCGUUGCACUGGGCGACGAAGAAAGAACAAUUACCAGCACUUAAAAUGUUAGUCGAUUACGGUGCGAAUAUCCACGACAUUGACCGCUCUUUCAAAAGACCACUUCACUGGACUGCGCGCUACAACAACGUCGAAGGUAUAAAGAUCUUACUCUCUGAGGGAGCGGACAAGAAUGCUCGAGAUGAUCAUAGGUACGCUCCUAUUCAUUGGGCCACUUAUCUGGGGCAUGAUGCAGCUCUGAAAAUUCUUAUAGAUGCAAGAGUGAAUGUAAAUGCUGAGGACAAGUAUGGAAGAACUGCUCUGAGUUGGGUAGCUGAUUACAACAACACAGAAGGAAUAAGAUUACUGUUGAGAGCAGGAGCAUCUUUGAAUUCCCAGGACCAUUCCAAAUACACCCCGCUACACUGGGCUACUAAACCAAAACAGAUAGACGCGCUGAAGGAGUUAAUUCAUGCAGGUGCAAACCUAAACAUUGCAGAUAAGUGGGGCAAAACAGCACUGCACUGGACUGCUCAAUAUAACCACCCGGAGGGUAUUAAUGCGCUGAUAGCAGCCGGAGCUGCAAUGAACUCUCGGGACAACGACAAGUACGCGCCGAUCCACUGGGCGACGUACCUUGGGCACGAGGCCUCCCUGAAAGCCCUUUUGGACGCUGGCGUCGACGUUCACGCGCGCGACAAGACCGGCAGAACGUCCCUCACGUGGGUGGCUCAGUACAACAACACCAAGGGCAUCGGGAUGCUCGUAAAAGCUGGGUCGCGUUUGGAGGAUACCGACAAUUCCGGAUACACCGCGUUGCAUUGGGCCACACGGCCGGAACAAAUAGACGCUCUUAAAGUUCUGGUAAGCCUCGGAGCCAACGUCAAUGCUGCGGAUAAAACAGGGAAAACGCCGUUACAUUGGGCCGCUGCUUACAAUAAUUCGGACGCCAUUGAAUUCCUUUUGGCGAGAGGAGCAGACAAAAACCGGAGAGAUGUAAGCGAAUAUACUCCUAUUCAUUGGGCAUUAUAUUUGGGACACGAUGAAGCGCUGCAAGCUCUUCUAGAGGCGAAAGUCGAUGUGAAUGCACGUGACAAGGAAGGCAGAACCCCACUCAAUUGGGCGGCACAAUACAACAAUUCUAUGGCUCUAAAGAUGCUCGUUAAGGCCGGCGCGCAUUUGGAGGAUCGAGAUAAUUCCAACUUCACGGCUCUCUUUCGCGCCACGAAGCCCGACGCCGUCGACGCGCUCGCUACGUUGAUCAUUCUAGGCGCGAACGUGUCCGCUACAGAUCAUCAAGGUUUUACACCACUUCACUGGGCGGCGCGGUACAACAACCCGGAAGGAAUCAAAUUGUUGCUGGAAGCAGGAGCUGAUAAGAAUGUUCUAGACAACCAGCACUACGCACCAGUACACUGGGCACUGUACGCAGGAUAUGUCCCUUCGCUCAAAGUCUUGUUAAACGGCGGAGUUGACGUCCACGUACGGGAUAGUAGAGGCAGAACUCCUCUGUCUUGGGCGGCCCAGUACGACAACUCCGUAGGUAUAAGAAUGCUCGUGCAAGCUGGAGCGCGCUUAGAAGACGCUGACAACUCUGGAUACACGCCGCUGCACUGGACCACAGAAAAGGGCAAAGGCAACGCCAUGAAAGCGCUGUUAAGACUAGGGGCAAAUGCCAACGCCACGGACAAAAACGGAAAGUCGUCCAUGUGCUUUGUAAAGCAGUACAAAAAUGAGGAAGGCGAAAGCAUACUACUGCGCUUUGGUGCUCGUUCAUGCUAGCAGUAAUUCAUGCUAGCAGAUCUUAUCCAUCGCUAAUUCUGGAAGUAAAAGGGUACUUCUGUAGAAAACAAAUUAACUAGUACGAGAAAUUCCAUUAGUAAAAAAAUAAGAAUUAAAAGGAAACGGCAAAAUUAUUACUUCAAAUACACGUUCACAUUAUUUUUAUUGUUAUAAAUAACAAUAAAAAUCAAAUUUGUUAACAAUAAUUUGUAAAAAAUACUAAAAGUAUAAAAUUCAAAUAGUUUAAGGUGUACUGUUUUCUUCAUGUAAUGAAAGGCAAGGUUAUUAAGAUGGCAUCUACUCUUCAAUUGCAAUCGCAAGAGAAACUUGUGGUUCUACAGAAUGUUACACUCUCUUGUACUCGUUAGCUUACUAAUUAUAGACUGGGCUAGCUUUUUGGUAUUAUUAUUGAGAAUAAACAAAAUAAAAAACUCAACAAAUACUUUUUGGGAAUUUUGUUGAAAAGAUGGUACCAACAGCAAAGAUGUAUGCAAUUUCUAUUUUUUUUUGCUUUUCUGAGAAGAAAGAUCUUUUCUCAGAGGAGUGCGAGAAAUUUAAUUCAUUUCUUUCACUUCGGCAUCUCAAAGACCUCGGCUUUCCUUUUGCCGUUACCUUUCAUCGAUAUCAGGAAGCAUUCAAGGCGAAGAUAAUGCUAUACGAGUUUCCUCAAUUAUUAUCUUCUACAUUCGAGUAAAAUAAAUAAACUGACAAUGCAUCAAAAUUCAAGGUAUGGUUGUUGCAAGGAACCAAGCACCAUCAUUAAAGGUCAGGGAAAUCACUAGUGAAUAAGGAAGAGAAUCCUCUGAGUUUGAUACGAGAAGAAAAUGUUUCCAAUAAUAGUACUUUCUUCGUUUUUUUACAUGAUACAGGUAUUUUCCGAUUCUUUGGCAUAUUCUUUACGAUUAAAUAUUGUACGUCUAUGUUGAAAAUAUAAUUCAAUGCAAUUUACAUAAAUUACUGUAUCAUCUUAAAGUGAAUAAAUAAUAAAAAAGUGCUGAGGCAAAAUGUAGCAUCUAUAAGAGUAUAAAUAAAAUAUAUGAAAAGAAAUUUGUCCUGUACAUUUAUUUUCCGUACGUAGGAUGUCCGGAAGCUCACGUUUCAAUAAAUUCCACAGAACCUGUGUUAAUGUUCAUAACAAAUGGCAGAUCCAUAUUUUCCGAAAAAGUUGAGUUUGUAUGAUAUUUUUGGUCGCUAAAUUCAAACCAGCAAAUCUUUCGGACGCAAUUGUUUGAACUGUGCGCUCAGAAAGAAACUCAAUACCAACGCACUUAUCGACUUGCGAC